UCGAGCCGCCGACGUGGUUUCGACCAGUCCGGCCGGCCGGUCCUUUCAUGCAGUGCACCUAGCAUGCACCCGUGACCUCAUGAGCUCACCGACGUCACCGCGUACCGUUCACUGGUUGACUGAGGCAGGUGGCGCCUUCGCUUUUUUUGACUUCUGCGGUACGAAUUCGUAAUUCAAUUUUUCCAAGCUCAAGCCACAGUCUAGUCAAGGGUGAGAACCGAAACUUGGAGAAAGACAGUAGAAAUUUGCCCAAGAGUUGGCCACGGUCCCAAGCCAUUGAUGGUGGUGCAGCAAGGAGCAACAUGGAUCAAACAGAGUUUGUCUGGGAUCCGGAGCGAGAUGGGCAGGCUCGCUCUGCCACCACCUCCAAGGAGGUGGAGGUCUGGGCAACUGGAAUACUCUGCGAGCUGGAACAAAUCUCUCAGAAAUAUCACAUUGACGUCAACGACAUGUCCCACCUGCUCAAGCUUGUCACAUCGUCCCUAAAGGAGCUGGAUGUCGUGCUGGAGGAAAGUGGCAAUUCAGGUGCGGAGAAUACCAAGCUACACACGGAAAUCGGCCAGCUGGAGCAGAGACUGCGAGCUGAGCAAGAUUCCAAUAGGAACACUCAACGCUCUCUUCUUUCUCUUCAAGACCAGCAUGACUCUGAGCGGCGUGUGCUGGAGUCAACGGUCAAAGGACUGGAAGUGAGGAACAAUCAAACGUCGGACAUGCUCGCGGCCAAGGCUCAGCACUAUACUAGACUGAUGGAGGAGCUGGAUGACAUGCAGCAUCAACACAUGGAGGAGAGAAGCAGACAUGCAAUGACUGUGCGCGGCUAUGUUCAGAGAAUUGAUGCCGUGGAGAGGAAGCUUGAUGAAUACCAGAUGAGCUUUGGCAGCCUGGCCACUCCUCACAUGUCGGCAUCCAGCAUGGACACGUCAGUGCUGCUUGUCCAGCGGCAUGCGUCCCGCAUAUCAGCUGCAUCCCUCCAAGAGCCUGUCCUGCACAGCGCCCGACACAAGCAGCAGCAGCAGCAGACUAAAGAAGAGGACACAUCACCUGCCCUGGACAGUCCCGAGCGAGAGAUUUCAGCGGAUAGUGGUGGCAGCACUGCACCAAUGAUUGGUACGCUCUCCGACACCUCCAGCCAGUGCAGUAACGAAGAUGACCGGCGAAGCAUCUGCAGCAACGGCAGCCGUAGCUCCGACCAUCUGGAUCAGACGAUGGCUGUUGACGUUUGCACAACGCCCAGUGCCACGCAGUCGUCGCAUUCCACUGACGACGACCACCACUCCAAGUCACCCACCUUGCAUGACGACUGGAGCACGAGAACGCGGCGAGACAGUCAGCAGUCCAUCAUCACGCACCACCUCCACUCAAGUCAAAGAACCCCGCUCGUGGCUACGAAUGGUGAAGUCAUCGACGGACAAAAUCUUCAAGAUGAGCUGGUGCAAGCUAACUCUGCGAUGGAUUCGACCUUCUCCUCAACACUGUCUCAAGUCUACUCUGAGAAUGCAGCUUGCAUGGAAGCGUUGGAGGCACGCUUGGCAACAACUCUAGACGAGAGAGCAACUCUGAUACGUGAGAAGUCUGACCUUCAGCUAAGCCUCGCCAACACAGCCAGCGACUUGAGCUGCUGUCGACAGGAGUUGGAGACCCAGCAGCAGCUUGUAGCCGCUCUUCAUAAAUCUCUGGACACUGCCAAGCGCAAUCUGACCGAAGCCGAGGAGAAAAGGCAUUCUGUCAAGUCUCCCAUCACACACGCUGUGGUUCCAGACGCAAGUGUUCAGCUGAAGAAAGACGCCGAGCGUCUGAUGAGGCUCUACUCCUUCUACCGGGACAAGUGCACUAUGCUGCAAGAGCAGUUAAGCAGGAUGCACAUGGCCAGAGCAGCAGGUGAUGGCGGAGUGUGGCGACUGUUUGGCAAGCUGUUUCCUUUCCGCAAGCGGGAAGCUGGCUCAGGUCAAACAAGCCCUGCAAAGUCUACAUCUAACCAUUCUAUGCACUCCGGCCGCCAUGGCACCAUAUCGGACAGCGGAUCUCAGCAGAGAGCAAGUGACUCGGCCACUGCACGCCGAUCCAUGCGCCGAUCCCGCAGGCCAAGCGCCGAACCGAACGCCUUUGCCCUAGACUUUCCAUGCACGGUUGGCUGUCCUCCGACGCGGGAUGUUGUGACGACGCACGGUGACUGGUACAUAGCCAAGAGCACGCCAACGGAUGUGCUCCGCUUCCUGCCAGCUUGUGUGGGCCAGACCGCUCUGCUCGUGCCAUCCAUGUCAACGAUCUGUGGCUUUGCGACAACUCUCAGCCAUGGCCGAUCGUCGACCAUGCCCGUGUCGAACCGCAAGAAGGAGGAUCUUCUGUCCAGUCUGGAGCAUUACUGUGAUUCAACGGUGGAGGCCGAGCUCUAUCGCCAACUCUGGGUUGCUUCCUAUGAGAACAAGUCGCAGAUUGAGAUCUUUGAUGUGUUCUCGAAGGGCUCGCUACGGCAUACGGGCAAGAGCUGUCCACUGGACGCGCAGGAUAGCGUCUAUCCAAUCGCCACCAUCAAGUUUGUUCAGACGGCGCGCAUCUCGAGCGUGCGAACUCCGCGGCGACACCGACGUCUCAGCGUUAGCGUCAGCGUCGGCGAAAACACCACUGGUCGUCACCCACCGGCCGGCAGUGCACCGGUGACACCCCGAGGGGCCAAGCCUGCGCUCGGCAGCAGAUACAGUGCAUUUGACGACGCCAGCUCAGUGUCUGCUGCCCUCAAGUCACCGCUGUCGUGUCCACCGAGCAAUGCCAAGCGGCCGGUGAGACCAACGCGCUCUACGACGUCCAACACAUCUUGGGAUGUGCUGAGCUCCACCGGCCUGGGUAGGGACGGGGAUGAUGCAGCGAUGGAGGAAAGUGGUGUUGAUGAUUCACAAAGACGCAGGGGAUCUUCGUCCUUGUUUGUGCCGGUCGCUGAAGAGAUAUCCACCAUGUGGAUUGCUCUGAGUGUUGAAGGUGGCGUAAUACUGCUGUACAACACAGAGGCUACUCUACUGGAGAGACUGCACAUGGAGUCCAGGGGAUCCAUCCUUUGUGUGUACAAUGCCUUCAAUCGUGUUUUCGUCGGCCUAUCAGAUUGCACAGUAGCAGCGUUUGAUCAGUCGGAUGACGAUGCGAGCGGCUGGAACCUUCAUCUGUGGCAGAGCACGGCGCUGGAGUGCGUGGACGAGGGCGACCGUGUCUACUUGUCCUCGUGGCACGGCUCUUCCAACACCAUGUGCAUGGCCAGCGUGCACGAGCAGCUGUGGUGCACGUGCGGCAGAACCGUGGUCAUCAUGGAUCCGCUGGCGCUGCGCAUUGUGUCAUCGUUCCGGAUUACGUUUCCGCCAGUGUCACAGCUGAUCUCAGUCGGCAACAUCGUCAUCUUCGGCUCUCACCUGUCACCGUUCAUCUUGUUCUAUCAUUCGGCAACGUGUCAGCUGCUGCAAGACUUUGACCUGCCUGGCUUGGCACAGCUUGUUGACUCCACACCAUCUCCCCUGCUUGGCGUGGCAUCCAUGGCAGUGAGCGGUACGUCACUGUGGGUCGGCUGCUCCAAUGGCGUGCUGCUGUCGCUGCCACUGCACGCCACACAUCGUGUGCUCAAGCAGGCUGACGACAGCAGCUUUGCGGAUACCUGGCAAGGCCAGAGCGGUGUAGUGUCCUACACGUCGGCAAAGGUCUCACACUGGUGUCACAUGGGGCCAGUCGUAGGUCUCUCGCCCGUCACAGUGCCUAAACAAGGCACGUCGCCAGCAUCCACCUACGAGGUGGUGUAUUCGUGUGGCAUAGGCACACUGGAUAUGCGCGGCGCAGAGGCGGACGAGCUGAUUGAGCGCAAGCGAAUUCUGGUCAGCGCCGAUCCACUGCAGCAGCUACCGAGCAUUGCCAAUGACCCGCUCAAUGCCUUCCAGCAGCAAGGAGAGAACGCCAAGGAACGCACAGCCUCAGACGGCGACUCCAAUCACAUUGCCAUCAUGACUUGGCGCACGACCGGCUAAAGAGCACCGUGUGCGGACAAGCAAGCGCAGGCACGUCUUGGUUUGGGGCUGUCCAACCCGCCCAUUGCGGAUGCGCACACACAUACACGCACGCGCACACACACACACACACACACACACACACACACCACCACCACCACCACCACCACCACCUGGCAUGUUACUCUCAACUCAGCAUACAAUCCUCUUGCGGGCCCAGCAUAUUUCGCUCCGUUUCAUCAUGUUUUCUUGUCCCCCGGCCCUGUCUGCGGGUCAUUUUGUUUUUAUUGUUCUUUGUUGUAUGGUUCUCCCUAUCUGUCCAUAUUUGGCACAGGCUGCACACUGGUUAUCAACUAUUUUACUCUGCGAACACGUAAGGCAGUAGUGCAAGGCUGGUCCUUGCAAUGUGCUCACUGCUGUAAUCAAUUUCCCACACGCAUUCAGAAUUUUAUCUUACCUCAAAGAUUGCCGUGGCAUAUAUCCAGAUCUUCACUUGCACUCGAUCACGACAGAUUUCUCAGUCAGUUUUAUUAUUACACAUGCAUGUACAUGUAUAUGUAUAUGCAUGUUCGAUUCUUUGGAUUCAGUCGGGACCUUAUUUUUUUCAUCAAGCCAGGUCUUGACUAUGAAUGCACUGUACGCAUGGUUUACUCAAUCUUUUUGUGCAUGCAUUCUUCCGUCAAUGCUGCAUUCCAUUAUAAAUUCCACUGUUUUUGUUUUUGUUUUGUAUUUUUUAGCUUCGCUCAAAUUUCUUUCACAGUGGUCCUGUGUUCUUGUCCUGAUUUUAAAAUCUC